AUGAUAAAUCAAGACGGACUUCAAUGGGACGAAGGCACGUUUAGUCUGGAGCCCAAAUGGACCAGAGAUCCCAGUGUUACAGACAUCAAGACAGUCUUACAACCUAUUCUCCAACCUCAUGACGACUUUGACAUUACAUUUGUAGCUCAGGGUGCUUUCAAUAAGCUUUACAAAAUCUCUUGUGAUGGCCAUUUAUUUGCAAUGCGCAUUUCUCUACCGGUAGACCCUUUCAAUAAGACGAAUAGCGAAGUCGCUACGUUACAAUAUGUGCGCGAAGGAGGCAGUCUUCCAGUCCCGAAGGUCUGUUCACACAACUCGUCUGCCGCCAAUCCAAUCGGGUUCGAGUGGAUUCUGAUGGAAUAUAUGCCCGGGAGGCCACUUCGUGAGAUUUGGAAGCACAUUACAUGGGAUGCAAAAGAGGCACUUAUCCAGAGACUGGCAAAGCACUGUGCCGCAAUGUAUGAGAAUCAAUUCGACCAGAUUGGGAACCACCAUUUACUUGAAGAGGGACAGAAAAGCUUACAGCCACUGAAGCUGGGUCAAUUAGUGUCAAUCCCGUUUCUAUAUGGAGAUCAUCCAGUGCUACCAAUACCAAGGGGUCCUUUUCGGACAAGUCGAGAAUGGCUGGAGGCUCGAUUACUGUUCAAAGAGGCGGAUGCCACCAAAGCUCUUGCAAAAAGUGAGGACGACGAUGAACGCGAGGAGGCAGAGACUAUCUUGAGCAAUAUAAGACGGCUGCAUAGGCAUAUCGACGAAUUCUUCCCCUCGGACUUAAUCGAGAAGACAAUGCUUGUUCACCCUGAUCUUUCGCAAUCAAAUGUUCUGCUUGACGCAAAUGGUGAGUUGACUGCCGUAGUAGACUGGGAAUGUGUAUCAACCGUGCCACUUUGGCAAGCAUGUAAUUACCCUCGUCUCAUCGAAGGAAGUGAGAGGUACCAGAAACCAGAUGAGAAUACAUACGCCCACGAGGAAAAUGGCGAGAUCAAUGAAAUCUACUGGUAUCACUUAGAAGACUACCAAAAGACGCAAUUACGGGAAUUCUUCCUUGAACAGAUGUCAAAGCUCGAACCGGGUUGGAUUCAGGUGUAUCAGUCUAGCCAAAGGCUGAGAGACUUUGACAUGGCAGUAGAAAAUUGCGACGGUCCCUUCUCUCUCGAAGUCGUGUCAUUGUGGCUUGAUCUGAUUGAAGAUGGAGAGAAACCUUACAAAAGCUUGGAACGACGUCUUCGAGGAUACACGGACGAGCCUUAG